AUGUCGGCGGCACUGACCAAUAUCAGGGUCUUCGUCGAUUGGGCCGAGCAGACAGUAUUUGCCGGCGAAGACAUUCAAUGCCAGAUCACUUUCAAGAACAUCGCCAGUACUCCCCCGCCGAGAACAUUGUUACAUCCUCCCAAUUCCAAUGGUUCUCCAUCGGUAGACAGGCUGAGGAAAACUGCAGUAUCGCAGAUCAAGGACAGUGCCAGCCUGAGUCCUCGCGCCCCGCACACGAGUAGCAACCACCGAACGACACUUUCACUGAACGUCCCUAUCGCGCCUGUCGAUCCACAGCCUGUCGUCUCUGCGCCGUGGAAUGAAACUCCGCCCAGGUCUGCUCGUGAUGGGAAGGCGCACAAGCGCUCCGUUUCCAUAAUAUCCAUUGGGGCCAGCGAAGGACGUGUUGACGAGUUCACAAGUCAGAGCAAUGUAUCUGAGAGACCAAGGGGCAAUUUCAGAGGCCAUGGGAGGUCCGCGAGUCUUCAGGUAAUUCCGCGAAGGCAUGGGAUCAGUGGAGGCCCUCCUUCAGCACCUAUGAACCAAAGAACGUCACACCCUUCGCCGCUGAAUUCUUUAUUCUCGCCUCCAAGCACGGAGCAAGAUAAAACCUCGCGGCGACAGGGCGGCGUAACUACCGCUCCUGGCACACCGAGGAUGCCGGGUGCCUCGUCCGCAAGGAGAAAAGGCUCGGCAUCUUAUCCUCCUAACUUCAAAUUUCCGUCCGUGACAUCCCCAUCUCCUAAUGGAAGACCGAAUGAUUCUUUCGGAGCUUCGCAUUUAAACCAAGAAAAUAGCCGCCUACUUUCCCCUAGACCUCGAGAAACAGUGCCCGUGGUAUCAGAAAAGAUACCCUUUAUGACUAGGGUACUCUCGCCCGCCAGCAUGGCAGGUACACCUAGGAGCAGUGGCGAGUUCUACUCGCUCAGCAAUAAUUCAACGGAGACUAUGGCUUCAGAGUAUCUCCCACAGCAGCUUGGCCGAAUCCCCUCCUACGGCGGUCAUGCGAGGCGUUCCUCUAAUCUAUCUCCAAUAAAUCACCACCGUCCUCCGGAGACUUUGAUGAUGGGGUAUGCGCAAAUCCAUGGAUCUUUCACCCUCGACGCUUCGUUGAUCAGCCAGGCCCCAUUUGAGGAAGUGAAACGAAAAGGGGCUGUUGGUGGCCAGGGAGGUGGUGUUAUUGGCGUGGAAAACAACAAGCGAGAAAGUGGUCUAUUCCGAGGUCUUGGUUGGGGAAAUUUUGGUGACUCACUUGGAGGCCUUCUUGGCGGCGGCGAUCUUAGCAGUAUGAAGGAUAUGCGUGGCAUUGCCAGUUCUCGAUCAAUUCCGCUCCUCUCGACUCCUCAGUCCAUCCUCUUCGUGGAUCUGCAACUUGCUCCGGGUGAGAGCAGAAUUUUCAGCUACUCCUUCAAGCUUCCACGAGGGCUCCCACCUAGUCAUCGCGGCAAGGCCAUCAAAAUAUCUUACAAAUUGGUGAUUGGAACUCAACGGCCCGGAGGCGCUAAGGAACAGCAGGUAAAGUCCGUGGAGGUUCCCUUCCGAAUUCUUAGCAGCGUCAACAGUCACGGGGAAAUCCUAGGUCACGACUUGAUGUCUCCAUACAUUAUCCUUCGCGAUGAGGCCAGGGUUGAGACCAUCGAGGCUCCAAAUCUGGAAUCUUCUGGAGAGUUAGAACCAAAAAUACCAGCAAAGACCACCGGGUCAACGUUGAGCGAUUUCCUCUCAUAUGUUGAUAAGCUCCUUGAGAAGCCGCGGCAGAACUCCAGUUUUGGCCUAUUCUCUCCAACCGACGAACUCAGCUCUCAUCGCCACUCCUUCAUACCGGAGCCUGUAUCGGCUAAAGAGGCCAUAGAUAUGGCCAUUAUGCGGAGUAACGUAGCCACCGAAUCCCGUCAGAGCGCCAACAGAUUCGAAAUCGCUCGCAGCGGUAAGCGUGUCGCCGUCGUAAUGCUAGCUAGGCCAUCAUAUAGGCUUGGUGAGACUAUAUCGGCGGCUAUCGACUUUUCGGAUGCCGAAAUUCCCUGUUAUGCAAUACAUGCUUCUUUGGAGACAUCUGAGAAGGUGGAAAAUUCUAUCGCAUUGCGUUCGGAAGCUAGCAUAUUUCGUGUUACACGGAAAGUACAUGUGUCCCAUUCACAGUCAACGCUAUUUGCAAGAAGGAUCAUGUUUUCACCUACAAUACCUGUCUCGGCCACUCCUGAAUUUAUCACUAGUGGCGUCAGCCUACGCUGGAGGAUUCGCAUAGAGUUUGUUACUCCACGUCUGAUUGGAGACCAAAACGCUGCUCUGGGAUAUGCGGAUCUUUUGGAGGAGGUCUCCAGAGACCAUAGAGGGGUCGUUCUUGCAGCUACAGAGGCCCUUGAGUGCGAUAGUUUUGAUAUAGCGGUCCCUCUCAGGAUAUAUGGUGCUUUGGCCGGUAAUUCAGAGCGGGAUGAGAGUCUCACUGAGGGACUUGUUGUAUAA